AGGGAGGACGGGUUGGAGUCGGGCCGCGUCUAUUCGGCGCGCGUAUGAGCACCGUGCGAACUGCGAGCAGCGUCAAGCCCAUCUCCGCUCGGCCGAGCUUGGCGUCUCGUCUCCCCGCAGAGCACCGACAGAGAGAGGCGCGGAUAUGGAGGACGUCUGCCAUUACACCCGCAGCCCCGCCUGGGAGGAGCUGGAGCCGGAUAAAGGGCCCGGGUCUGCGGCCAGGAUCCAUCCCCAUGUGGUGGGCGCUGUUUCGGUGUCCGGUGCCGCGGACGAGUCGUCUGACAGCGAGGUGGAGCAGGAGGGACCCCAAAAACUCAUCCGGAAAGUGUCCACCUCAGGACAGAUCAGGAGCAAGACGAGCAUAAAGGAAGGAUUGCUGCUGAAACAGACCAGCUCCUUCCAGCGGUGGAAGAAGCGUUACUUCAAGCUCAGAGGCCGAACUCUCUACUACGCCAAAGACGCCAAGUCGGGCAGCACCCUGGCCCGCUGGCAGGAGCGAUCGUUGCGCAGGGCGUCCCGGAGCCGGGUGUGCUGGCGAACUCUGUCAGUGUGCUGGACAGGAGCGCGGCGCUCCCCCCCACCUCUGGGUGCCAGCGGAUCUGAAGAGGGCCUAGUGAGAAUUCGGUCCCUUAUCUUUGACGAGGUGGACCUAUCGGACGCCAGCGUAGCCGAGUCCAGCACUAAGAAUGUCAACAACAGCUUCACGGUGAUCACUCCUUUCCGUAGGCUCAUCCUCUGUGCCGAGAACAGGAAGGAGAUGGAGGACUGGAUCAGCUCGCUCAAGUCCGUCCAGUCCAGAGAACAUUACGAGACGGCUCAGUUUAAUGUGGAACAUUUCUCAGGGAUGCACAACUGGUACGCCUGCUCCCACGCACGGCCCACCUUUUGCAACGUCUGCAAAGACAGCUUGUCCGGGGUCACGUCCCACGGCCUCUCCUGCGAAGUGUGUAAAUUCAAGGCCCACAAACGCUGUGCCGUUCGAGCCACUAACAACUGCAAAUGGACCACGCUGGCCUCCAUAGGCAAGGACAUCAUCGAGGAUGAGGACGGGAUUGCCAUGCCUCACCAGUGGCUGGAGGGCAACCUGCCCGUCAGUGCCAAGUGUGCCGUGUGCGAUAAGACGUGCGGCAGCGUGUUGCGGCUGCAGGACUGGCGCUGCCUCUGGUGCAAAGCCAUGGUGCACACAGCCUGCAUGGACUCGUACCCUCGCAAGUGUCCUCUGGGUCAGUGCAAAGUGUCCAUCAUCCCCCCGACGGCGCUCAACAGCAUCGACUCAGACGGCUUCUGGAAGGCCACCUGUCCCCCGUCCUGUGCCAGUCCCCUCCUGGUCUUCGUCAACUCCAAAAGCGGCGACAACCAAGGAGUGAAGUUCCUGCGGCGCUUCAAGCAGCUGCUCAACCCGGCGCAAGUCUUCGACCUGGUCAAUGGCGGCCCGCACCUUGGUCUGCGCCUGUUCCAGAAGUUUGACAACUUCCGAAUCCUGGUGUGUGGCGGGGAUGGCAGCGUAGGCUGGGUGCUGUCGGAGAUCGACAAACUCAACCUACACAAGCAGUGCCAGCUGGGGGUGCUGCCGCUGGGCACGGGUAACGACCUGGCGCGGGUGCUGGGCUGGGGCCCGUCGUGUGAUGACGACACGCAGCUGCCGCAGAUCCUGGAGAAGCUGGAGCGGGCCAGCACCAAAAUGUUGGACCGCUGGAGCAUCAUGACCUACGAGAUCAAGGUGCCGCCCAAGCACAGCUGCCCCGCCACGCCCGAGGGCGCCGACGGCUGCCAGUUUCCUAUUUCCGCUUACGAAGACUCCGUGGCGGCUCAUCUCACAAAGAUCCUCAACUCCGAGCAGCACUCUGUGGUCAUCUCCUCUGCCAAGAUCCUGUGUGAAACGGUGAAGGAUUUUGUGGCCAAAGUGGGGAAAGCCUACGAGAAAAGCCCGGAGAACACGGAGGAGGAGUGUGACAGCAUGUCUCUCAAGUGUGCCGCCCUCAACGAGAAACUGGACUCCCUCCUGCACACCCUCAACACCGAGUGCCGGGUCCUGCUUUCCCUGCCCCACGCCACUCCGCCCAUCGUGGAGGCGGAGCAGGAGGACGAGGAGGAGGAGGAGGCGGCAGACGGCGAGGGCGAGGAGGCCGCCAGCGAGGAGAGCCUGACGGAGCUGAAGGAGAAGCUGGAGGCGGAGGAGACGGAGAAAGGGAACGGUAGCGGCGACGACGGCGGCGGCGCCUUUGCCGUCUUCAGGAGUCGGGAGCAGCUGAUGCUGAGGGCCAACAGUCUGAAGAAAGCGGUGCGGCAGAUCAUAGAGCAGGCGGAGAGAGUGGUGGACGAGCAGAACACCAACAUGGACGACAGCGAGCUGCCGUCGCCGCUGGAGUUCCGCAAGGACAGCGAGGAGGAGAACCGGGACAGCGAGAAGGACGAGGACACCAAGGAGCUGGAGGCUGCCCCGCCCAUGAAGAGCGUGUGUUCCCCCACCGAGAGGAGGGUGAGUCGCAGCACGCAGUCGUACAGUUCCUUCAGCAUCACGCCCUUCACCACCAGCAAGGAGAACCUGCCUGUGCUCAACACGCGCAUCAUAUGUCCUGGACUGCGGGCGGGUCUGGCAGCCUCCAUAGCAGGAAGUUCCAUCAUUAGCAAGAUGCUGCUGGCCAACAUUGACCCCUUUGGUGCCACCCCCUUCAUCGACCCAGACCUGGACUCACUAGAGGGCUACAUGGAGAAAUGCGUGAUGAACAACUACUUUGGUAUCGGUUUGGAUGCUAAGAUCUCCUUGGAGUUCAACAACAAGAGAGAGGAGCACCCGGAAAAAUGCAGGAGUCGCACCAAGAACAUGAUGUGGUACGGCGUUCUGGGAACAAAGGAGCUCCUCCAGAGAACCUACAAGAACCUGGAGCAGAAGGUCCAGCUGGAGUGUGACGGCCAGUACAUCCCCCUGCCCAGCCUGCAGGGCAUCGCCGUCCUGAACAUUCCCAGCUACGCGGGCGGCACCAACUUCUGGGGCGGCACCAAGGAGGACGACAUUUUCUGCGCUCCGUCGUUUGACGAUAAGAUCCUGGAGGUGGUGGCUGUGUUUGGCAGCAUGCAGAUGGCCGUUUCCCGGGUCAUCAAGCUGCAACAUCACCGUAUAGCGCAGUGCCGGACGGUCAAGAUCACCAUCCUGGGCGACGAGGGCGUUCCCAUCCAGGUGGACGGCGAGGCGUGGAUCCAGCCGCCUGGAGUCAUCAAGCUCCAGCACAAGAACAGAGCCCAGAUGCUCACCAGAGACCGGGCCUUCGAGAACACGCUCAAGUCGUGGGAGGACAAGCUGAAGUACGACAAGCCUCCCCUGCGGCCUCACCUCUACUCGCAGCAGUCUGUGGACCUGGCCUCGGAGGAGGAGGCCGCCGUGGUGCAGCUGUGCGCCCGCGCCGCAGAGGAGCUCAUCACCAGGAUAUGCGAGGCCGCUAAGACCAACGGGCUCUUAGAGCAGGAGCUGGCACACGCCGUCAACGCUGCGUCGCACGCCAUCAACAAGACGCACCCCAAGUUCCCUGAGAGUCUGUCCAGGAACACGGCCAUCGAGGUGGCCAGCACCGUCAAGGCUCUGUACAACGAGACUGAGUCGCUUCUGGUGGGUCGCGUCUCUCUGCAACUGGACCCACCGGAGGAGGAGGAGCUGUCCGCCGCGCUGCAGAGUCUGGAGCUGGCACUGGGCAAACUGGGAGAGAUCCAGUGGCUCUACCACAUCCUGCAGCCCAACGACGAGGAGGACCCCUCUCUGGGUUACGGCAAGAGGAACAGUCGCGGCGGCGUCUUUCGCAUAGUGCCCAAGUUCAAGAAGGAGAAGGCGGCCAAGAAGACCAGCCCUCAGUCAGUGGAGAGAUGGGGCACAGAGGAGGUGGGCGUCUGGCUGGAGCAGCUGAGUCUGGGAGAGUACCGGGACACUUUCGUCCGACACGACAUCCAAGGCUCGGAGCUGCUGCACCUGGAGAGGAGGGACCUGAAGGAUUUGGGGAUAUCGAAAGUGGGUCAUAUGAAGAGAAUCCUCCAGGGAACUAAGGACCUGGCCAAGGCCUCCAUGGUUGACCUUUAACCCGGAAGGAAGCUUCCGGAGAUGUGGCGAUCCGCUGCAGUGCCAAAGUAGCGGAGGAAAAGUGCCAGAAGGGAUCCUGUUGUUCAUCACAAGAAGCCAUUUUGCUCCAGCUAACACACACACACACACACACACACACACACACACACACACACACACACACACACACACACACACUAAGAGGUAUGCAAGCAACCACAGUGCAGACAGUAGAUAGCAAAUGAGUAGCAAAAAGCAGGACUCCCAUGUUCCACUUGAUAUUGUGUUUUUAAAGGCGCUUCGGGACGGAACCUUCCGGAAGCUUGUGGUGCUUUAUUCCACGCGACGCUCGCUCCUCUUAAAUAUUCAACAGUGCAUGAUUUUUUUUUUUUAAGAAGUUCUGUUGUGACGUAAACACUUGAGCAAGUUAAGUAUUAAUCCAUGACGAUGCCAUUCGUGACUACUGACACCCAUUUUUAUUUCUAUUUAUUUGGCUGUGCAUGACCACGUGUCAAAGAUGUUGUGUUCUAAGUGCCAGGCCUCCUUGUGUGUGUGUGUGCGCUUUGUAGACGACCACCUUUUCUAGUCAGUGUUGGACCAAACUCUCACUAAUCAUGGUGACUAAUUAGUGUUAGUCAGCAUGUUUCCUCAAAUAGUGGUCUCCUUCCUCAUCACGCUUACAUAUAUGAUGUUUUCACCGAAAAGUGAAAGCAUGCGGGGGCCGUUUUGAUAUUUUUCAUUUUCAAAACCAAUAAAACAUAUGGAUUUCUUUGUAACUUUUAGGGCUCCCCCUCAAGACCCGAAAAGGUCUCAGUUAUAAAAAUUUAAAUAAAUAAAUAAAUGUUUUUAACUAGGGAUGUCCGAUAAUGGUUUUGCCGAUAUCCGAUAUUGUCCAACUCUUUAAUUACCGAUACCGAUAUCAACCGAUAUAUGCAGUCGUGGAAUUAACACAUUAUUAUACCUAAUUUGGACAACCAUGUAUGGUGACGAUAAGGUACUUUUAAAAAAAAUUAUGAAAUAAGAUAACUAAAUUAAAAACAUUUUCUUGAAUAAAAAAGAAAGUAAAACAAUAUAAAAACAGUUACAUAGAAACUAGUAAUGAAUGAAAAUGAGUAAAAUUAACUGUUAAAGGUUGGUACUAUUAGUGGACCAGCAGCACGCACAAUCAUGUGUGCUUACGGACUGUAUCCCUUGCAGACUGUAUUGAUAUAUAUUGAUAUAUAAUGUAGGAACCAGAAUAUUAAUAACAGAAAGAAAUGGGGGAGGGAGGUUUUUUGGGUUGGUGCACUAAUUGUAAGUGUAUCUUGUGUUUUUUAUGUUGAUUUAAUAAAAAAAACCAAAAAAAUUAAUUAAAAAAAACGAUACAGAUAAUAAAAAAACCGAUACCGAUAAUUUCCGAUAUUACAUUUUAACGCAUUUAUCGGCCGAUAAUAUCGGCAGGCCGAUAUUAUCGGACAUCCCUAUUUUUAACUUUAUAUUGACAGAUAGACCUGAAGUGUGUAUAUAUACACACAUACACAUGUAUACAGUAUAGAGUCGAGGUUUCUGUGGUUUAUCCGUUAAAAACAUUGCUCAAUCCCGAGGUAGAGCGGAAUAUACACUACCGUUCAAAAGUCUGGGGUCACCCAAACAAUUUUGUGGAAUAGCCUUCAUUUCUAAGAACAAGAAUAGACUGUCGAGUUUCAGAUGAAAGUUCUCUUUUUCUGGCCAUUUUGAGCGUUUAAUUGACCCCACAAAUGUGAUGCUCCAGAAACUCAAUCUGCUCAAAGGAAGGUCAGUUUUGUAGCUUCUGUAACGAGCUAAACUGUUUUCAGAUGUGUGAACAUGAUUGCACAAGGGUUUUCUAAUCAUCCAUUAGCCUUCUGAGCCAAUGAGCAAACACAUUGUACCAUUAGAACACUGGAAAGAUAGUUGCUGGAAAUGGGCCUCUAUACACCUAUGUAGAUAUUGCACCAAAAAGCAGACAUUUGCAGCUAGAAUAGUCAUUUACCACAUUAGCAAUGUAUAGAGUGUAUUUCUUUAAAGUUAAGACUAGCUUAAAGUUAUCUUCAUUGAAAAGUACAGUGCUUUUCCUUAAAAAAUAAGGACAUUUCAAUGUGACCCCAAACUUUUGAACGGUAGUGUAUAUAUAUUAGUGGUGUAACGGUACGUUUAUUUGUAUUGAACCAUUUCGGAACGGGGGUUCUGGUUCGGUUCGGAGGUGUACCGAACAAGUUUCCACACGGACAUAUUAAGUAGCGUAACGCACGUUGUGUAAACAAUGCACACCGAGGCACAACACACGGCACGCUAGCAGCUAACGGGCUACGAUAGACUGACCAUACGUCCUCUUUUCACCGGACAUGUCCUCUUUUGCGGAGCUGUCAGGGCGGAGUUUCUUAAAUGCCUCAAAUGUCCGGCAUUUUGAGUUAGGGUUGCGUGUAUUUUCAAUGUAUGUUCAGGGUUAAGAAGGGGUUAAAAACAAAACAAAUUGUGCGCGCAUGCGUCGCCAGGCUCUGCUUUUUAUCCAUGGAUUUAUCAGAUUUAAUUUUUUAUUAUCUAUAGCAGGGUUGUCAAAAGUGUGCGGCCCACAGCUAAUGUUUUAAAGGCCGACGACACAUUCUAAAAAUACUAUUAAAAUAAACAAAAACAUAACAAAAGUGAAAUAAAAAAGCUUAAAGGUUAAAUGUAAUUUAGAAAAAGUUGCAAUGUUGACUAAUAAAACAAAGCUGUUUUUUUCUCUCUUUCAAACUGUCAUUGCUCAAAACAUAAUAUUGAAUCAAAAUCAAUGUUAUUAUGAAUUAUUGACUUAUCCAAGGUUCCCAUUACUUCACGCCAAACAUUCCACUAAGAAAAAUAUUUUUGGUGGAAGAUUUAUUAAAUUUGGUAAAUAAAUAACCCCAAAAUGUAUAUUUUGUUGUUUUCUUACUGUACCGAAAAUGAACCGAACCGUAACCUCUAAACCGAGGUACGUACCGAACCGAAAUUUUUGUGUACCUUUACACCCCUAAUAUGUACACUACCGUUCAAAAGUUUGGGGUCACCCAAACAAUUUUGUGGAAUAGCCUUCAUUUCUAAGAACAAGAAUAGACUGUCGAGUUUCAGAUGAAAGUUCUCUUUUUCUGGCCAUUUUGAGCGUUUAAUUGACCCCACAAAUGUGAUGCUCCAGAAACUCAAUCUGCUCAAAGGAAGGUCCGUUUUGUAGCUUCUGUAACGAGCUAAACUGUUUUCAGAUGUGUGAACAUGAUCGCACAAGGGUUUUCUAAUCAUCCAUUAGCCUUCUGAGCCAAUGAGCAAACACAUUGUACCAUUAGAACACUGGAGUGAUAGUUGCUGGAAAUGGGCCUCUAUACACCUAUGUAGAUAUUGCACCAAAAAGCAGACAUUUGCAGCUAGAAUAGUCAUUUACCACAUUAGCAAUGUAUAGAGUGUAUUUCUUUAAAGUUAAGACUAGUUUAAAGUUAUCUUCAUUGAAAAGUACAGUGCUUUUCCUUCAAAAAUAAGGACAUUUCGAUGUGACCCCAAACUUUUGAACGGUAGUGUACGUAUAUUUUAUUUAUAUUUAUAAAAUUCUGUGGAUUUUAUAAAUAUAAAUAAAAUCCCCUGAAGAGCAGGGAAACCUGCGAAACAGGCUUGUAGGGAUGAAAACCACAGAAAACUUGACUAUAUGUAUAUUU